UGUGUUCAUUCCUUCCUUUUAGGUCAGGAAGAUUAUGAUAGAUUACGACCCCUCAGCUAUCCGCAGACAGAUGUAUUUCUGGUCUGUUUUUCAGUGGUUUCUCCUUCUUCAUUUGAAAAUGUGAAAGAAAAGUGGGUACCUGAAAUUACUCACCACUGUCCAAAGACUCCUUUCCUGCUUGUUGGCACCCAGAUUGAUCUCAGAGAUGAUCCUUCCACAAUUGAGAAACUUGCCAAGAACAAGCAGAAGCCCAUAACUCCAGAGACGGCUGAAAAACUGGCCCGGGACCUGAAGGCCGUCAAAUACGUGGAGUGCUCUGCACUUACGCAGAAAGGCCUAAAGAAUGUAUUUGACGAGGCGAUAUUGGCUGCCCUGGAGCCUCCGGAGCCGAAGAAGACUCGCAGGUGUGUGCUGCUAUGAACGUCCCUCCACAGCCCCUUCUGCAAAGCUGGUGUUUGAUGUCAUACUAAAAGCAAUGUUUAAAUCAAACUAAAGAUACACAUUUUAAAAUUUGUCUGUUUUU